ACUAAUUCUAGAAGAAGAGCAAUAUUUGCAGCAAGUAAAUUUUAUUUGAUCUACGAACUUCUUUUUGCGCUUGACACAAAAUGCAAAAGAAACCGCUCAAUGGAAGCAAACUGCUGGAUAAGCUGCAUCGUGGCGCUGUCUAUGCCUGCAUUGGCGUUACACUCUGGGGCACAUAUAUGCUGGGCAUGCGGUAUUAUCACUACUACACAGUUAUAAGGCCGGACAAACAGCUGUCCGAGCAGCUAGCGGAGAAGCAAUUGCUGGAGGAGGGCUCGCACGACAAGGCGAAGGAGCUGAAAUAUUAAAGCAUUAUUUAUAUCUACAGAUGAAACGCAUGUAUUUCUAUUACUAUUUGUUAGGUGUAAUAAAUAAUUGACAAAUUUGUUA